UGGGAUGAGGGCAUGGCGAGACCUAGCCGCAAGCUCUCUGCCGUCACGCUCGAUGCUCACAUCAAAGACCCGCUAGUCAAAGAUAUUGAGAGCUAUCUUGAUCCACGCACUAAACGUUUCUACGUCCAGAACGGCAUACCGUACAGGAAAGGCUAUCUCUUGUAUGGACCACCAGGUACUGGCAAGACGAGCUUUUCGACGGCACUGGCGGGAGAGUACGGGCUGAAUGUCUACCUGCUGAGUCUCUCCGACUCCCAAAUGACGGAUCGCCGGCUAGAAGAGCUCUUCGAGCAACUACCUCCCAAGUGCGUCGUGUUGAUGGAAGAUAUCGAUAGCGCUGGAAUCAAGCGCGAAGACAUGCGUAUAGAAGGAAAGUCAGAGAAAAGGAGAAGAAAUUUCGCACCUGCGGGCGUCACUCUUAGUGGACUACUCAAUGUUCUCGAUGGCAUCCACGCGGCUGAAGGUCGCAUUGUACUGAUGACAUCCAACAAUCCGAACAGUCUUGAUAAAGCACUCAUUCGACCAGGCCGCAUUGAUCGGAAAGUCCUGUUCGGCUACACAUCACAAGAAGUAGCAGCAAAACUCUUUAUGCGCAUAUUCACCAAAUCGCCUGAUCAGCUCCUAGGUGGCGAGAAGCCGUUCGAGAACGUGCCGCAACUGGCCACGGCUUUCGCGGAGCAGAUUCCACCAGACGAAAUCACUCCAGCGGCAGUACAAGGCCAUCUCCUACAAUACCGCGCGGAUCCAGAAGCUGCUGUA